AUGUCUUCAAGGACGAGAGGUUAUUUGGCAUGCACUUACCACUCCCACCUCGCAUGCGCCGCCGCCCAAGGCCCCAGCCAUCGCCACCAUUGCGAUGUUGCCAUCGAGUCGAUUUUCACCGUCGGCGGCGAGGUCUUGCUGGGUCCGCAGGAGCCACGGCGUCUUCAGCCUCCUGAACUGGCUACGCGUGCAGCAGCUGGGCGUGGUCGCUGCUAUGCUCGAGGUGGUCGUGUUCGUGUGAGUCACGCCCGAAGCCCUCUUUCACGCCCGCGGGCCUCCCUUCUCUUGAGUUGUCGCCGUUGUGCACAUGGACACAACGUCUGCCGUUCUCUGCCGGUUGCUGGAGUUUUCCUCUACGCUUGCAUGGCGGCCAUGGUGCUCCAAUCCCGAGUUUCCUGCGUCGCUACCUGGCCCGUGCAAGGUCCAAGCUGGGCGAGAAGGAUGCCGGAGCCGGCCACAACCGUUCCUCUGUGUGCAUGCGUCAACUCUGUUGGGUGUCGUCAACUUGCUUUCUGUUUGCUGCUGCUUGCUUACUGCUUUCUGUAUUGUUAUAGUUUUAAAUUUGUGUUCAUACAUGCAAUUAACUAA